AGAGACCAGGAGGAGCAGGAGGAGCAGUAGAGGAGCGGAAUGGAGGAGGACAAGCAGAACCCGGAGCACCGGAGCAACAAGGUCCGGAGAAGACAAGCAGCAGGCUCGUCCUCUGAUAGCAGCGAUGUUGAGAAACGGAGAGGAAGGACCAAUCUCAAAUGUCACCACUGUCAGCACUGUGACAAAUCCUUCACAUCAUCUGGAUAUCUAAGGAUCCAUCAGAGAGUUCACACCGGAGAGAAACUACAUAGCUGUGUCCACUGUGGGAAAACGUUCACUCAGUCCCAUCAGUUAAACACCCAUCAACGCAUUCACACAGGAGAGAAACCCUACACCUGCGACCAGUGUGGGAAUGCUUUCACGCAGUUAAGCACUUUAAAGGCUCACCAGCACAUUCACACUGGAGAGAAACCUUUCCGUUGUGACCUUUGCGAGAAAGCCUUUACCACACGAGGGAAACUGGAAGUCCACCAACAUGUUCACACGGGAAUCAAACCGUACAGGUGUGAUCUAUGUGGGCUGACAUUCACACAAUUAGGGCACUUAAAAUCCCAUCGACGUAUUCACACUGGAGAGAAACCGUAUAGGUGUGACCUCUGUGGGAACGCUUUCGCCCGGAGGAGUGCCUUACAAGUCCACCGACGUAUUCAUAGUGGAGAGAAACCAUACAGCUGUGACCAGUGUGAGAGUGCUUUCACUACAUCAAGCUAUCUGAAAAUACAUCAACGUAUUCACAACGGAGUGAGACCUUAUAGCUGUGACCAGUGUGAGAAAGCUUUUGUCACUCAAGAUAAACUAGUAAUUCACCAACGUGUUCACACUGGAGAGAAACCUUACGGGUGUGAUAUAUGUAAGAAACCUUUUGCUACCUUGGGUGAGCUUAAAAUUCAUCAACGUAUUCACAGUGGAGAGAAACCAUACUGGUGUGACCAAUGUGGAAAAAGUUUCCCUCAGAGUAGUAGACUCAGAGCUCACCAACGCACUCACACAGGAGAGAAACCAUACAACUGUGACCAAUGUGAAAAAGGUUUCACCACUCCUGGAAGCCUAGAAACCCACCGACGUGUCCACACUGGUGACAAACCGUACUGGUGUGACCAGUGUGGGAAGACUUUUUCUCAGAGUAGUCACCUGAAAGCACACCAAGACAUCCACACCUGCUCCCCUCUCCCUAAAGUCCUGCCUUCGCCACAAACUAUGUAGCCACGAUGAUAAAAUAUUUUUAUUUUGUAAAGGCCAACAAUGCAGCACGCCCUCCAUCACAGCUUGUAGUAGCUCUGUGGGGCUGGCUCUGUAGGGCCGGCUCUGUAGGACUGGCUCUGUAGGGCCGGCUCUGUAGGGCUGGCUCUGUAGGGCUGGCUCUUUGGGACUGGCUCUUUAGGACUGUCUGUGUUGGGCUAGUUGUGUGGGGCUGACUCUUUAAGACUGGCUCCGUGCUACUGGCUCUGUAUGGCUGGCUCUUUGGGACUGGCUCGUUAGGACUGUCUGUGUUGGGCUGACUCUUUAGGACUGGCUCUGUGGGGCUAUGUCUGUAGGGCUGGCUCUGUGGGGCUAUGUCUGUAGGGCUGGCUCUGUUGGGCUAUGUCUGUGGGGCUGGCUCUGUUGGGAUAUGUCUGUGGGGCUGGCUCUGUUGGAAUAAAUCUGUGGGGCUGGCUCUGUUGGGCUAUGUCUGUGGGGCUGGCUCUGAGGGGCUGGCUCUGUAGGACUGGCUCUGUUGGGCUAUGUCUGUGGGGCUGGCUCUGUAGGACUGGCUCUUCAGGACUGGCUCCAGGCUGACUGAAGGCUGAACACCACUGGUGCCCUGCCCUGAUUUAUCUGUAACUCUUUUUUUUUUAUCUUAAAACACUGACAAACCAAAGCGUGUUUAAUGCAUGUAUUAUUAAAGUAUCACCACAAAGAACCAAAUGAACCCUGCAGCAGUGUAAAUAUGUUAAAACCAGGAGCCUGGAUGAUUAAAGGUUUAACCUGUGUCCGGCUCAGAGACACAAGUGGUGCGUCACCUGCCAUCUGUUACAGCUGAAAUGGAAGCAGACCUGAUACACGUGGCCCCGGGGCUCUUUGGUCUGGGUCAGUUAUGAGCUUUUGCAUGAAUAUUAUAACAAUAUCAAUAUUAUGUGAAAUAAAGGACAAUAUUAUUAAUAUGAAGACUAUAUGUUGGUUCAUAUCAUAGAUGUAUAAAUUAAAAAUUCCACUGUAACACUGUUGACUGCAGCAGUGUUUUCUUUCCAUGCUGCCUUGUUACGACUUCCUUUAAUGACACUUUUCAGGCUGACAAACAGAAGCAGUUGGUUAAAUUGGAACUGGGACGUCAGUGUUUCAAUUUCUAGCUCAGAGAAGUUUCUUUUCUUGGCUGUAUUACGUCUCUUCAUGUCAUAAUCUCUCGGGUGAGGCCUCUAAACCCUGAAUAUAUUUAGACGGGAUGUUUAAGUGACGAUUGUGACAAGAACAUUUCAUUAAUCACAUAUCAUUAGAUGAUUUCCGUGUUCAGAUCUGUGAUGGUUUGUGCGUUAGAAUGAUAAAUGAGCGCCAGUGUGGUGUAAUGAUUCCUGAUCCACUUAGAUUUUCACUUUCUAAAAAACAGUAAUAAUAAUUAUGGCACUAUUAUUAUCAUUUUGGAAAGUAUUUAUUCCCCAAAGUACCAAUUUGAAGUUUAUCAAGUUUUUGUUGCACUCAAUUUUUGAUUUUAUUCCUGUAAUUAAAAUGUUUAAAGUCAAUCACUAUUUAAUCAACGCCACAUAUAAGUAUUUUUUUCUUUUUACUAUCCAUUAAUCAUAAGUAUAUAGUUUAUUACAGUAUAAUCUUAAGUAUUUUCUUAUUUGAUAAUUGCUUGGUAAGACGAAAGCAAAGUCGAUUCUAGUCGAAGCAAAGACGCUGAUUCGUCAACGAUGGCGCCAGCUGAGGUGAAGACACUUCAGCUCCAUGCCGCUCCUCCUCUCCAUCACUGCUCUGCCUCCCUGGUGUUGUUUCUGGAGGUGAAAUUCAUUCUUUGGUUUCACUGUAACGCCUGUUUACAUCCUGAUCUGUCAGUGAAUGUGGUUGUUGAACUUGCUUCCUGUCAGGACCACUGAGCUGUUUUUAAUGUUCUCAUUAAACGAGUCGA